UUUUGCAUUAACUAAUAAAUCUUCUGCACAAAUGGCUAAAGCAAUUCAAAAAAUAUACAAUGAUCCUAAUGAUCCUUUUAACCUACCUAAAGAUUUUAUUGUAAAUAAAGAAUUUGAAAAAUAUGCUUAUUUUCAGCAAGAUGCUGAAGAUUUUUAUUUGCAUUUAACUAAUAGAUUCAGCGUAUAG